UGCGCGGCGCUCCUGGCGACGAUGGAGGACCGGUCCCACAAGGUGCUGCUGGCGCUGGUGAUGCUCUUCCUCUUCGCCGUGAUCGUGCUGCAGUACGUCUGCCCGGGCACCGAGUGCCAGCUCCUGCGGCUCCGCGCCCUCAGCCCCGCCGCCGCCGCCGACCCGUACCGGGCGGAGGACGAGACGCCGGCGCGUUUCGUUCCCCGUUUCAAUUUCUCCGCCGGCGACUUGCUGCGGCGGGUGGACUUCAACAUCAAGGGGGACGACCUGAUCGUCUUCCUGCACAUCCAGAAGACGGGCGGCACCACCUUCGGCCGGCACCUGGUCCGCAACAUCCAGCUGGAGCAGCCCUGCGAGUGCCGCGCCGGGCAGAAGAAGUGCACCUGCCACCGGCCCGGCAAGCGGGAGACCUGGCUCUUCUCCCGCUUCUCCACCGGCUGGAGCUGCGGGCUGCACGCCGACUGGACCGAGCUCACCAACUGCGUCCCCUCCGUGGUGGACAGCAAGAAGGAGGUGCGGCUCCGGCCCUCCAGGAAUUUCUACUAUAUCACCAUCCUGCGUGACCCCGUCUCCCGAUACCUGAGCGAAUGGCGCCACGUCCAGCGAGGAGCGACGUGGAAGGCGUCCCUGCACGUCUGCGACGGGCGGUCCCCGACCACCGAGGAGCUGCCCAGCUGCUACACGGGGGACGACUGGUCGGGCUGUUCCCUGCAGGAGUUCAUGGAUUGCCCCUACAACCUCGCCAACAACCGCCAGGUCCGCAUGCUGUCCGAUCUCAGCCUGGUGGGAUGCUACAACCUGUCGGUCAUGCCCGAGGAGCAGAGGAAUAAGGUUCUGCUAGACAGUGCCAAGGAGAACCUGAAGCGGAUGGCCUUCUUCGGCCUGACCGAAUUUCAGCGGAAGACUCAGUAUCUCUUUGAGAAGACUUUCAACAUGAACUUCAUCUCGCCGUUCACGCAGUACAAUAGCACAAGGGCCUCCAGCGUGGAGAUAGACGAGCAGACUCAGCAGCGCAUCGAGGCCCUCAAUUUUUUAGACAUGGAAUUGUACGAUUAUGCAAAAGAUCUGUUUUUGCAGCGGUACCAGUACAUGCGGCAGAAGGAGCACCAGGAAGCGCGGCGGAAACGCCAAGAGCAGCGCAAGAUCCUGAGAGCGAAGCAAGCGCACCUGAGGGAGCGGGGCGAGAACAGCUCCAGCACUGACUACAUAGGGAAUGUGGAGCGGUGGCGGCGGUAGUGGCGGGGGGACUCGCCGGACACCGAAAUCGAAGCAGAACCCCACCCAACCCGCAAAUCGGAGACGACGGAGCAGUCCACACAAAUUACGCUUCUCAAGGGUUUGAAGCAAAAAGAGGUUAAAAUGUUGCCUUUGCAGUUGCCUUUGCAGUCAAUGUUGUACUGUACGUGGAACACUUAAUCUUAGCGUGUAAUUAAAUUGUCCUUUUUAGGUUUGUUGGAUUAUUUAUGAAAUACAGGAGCCAAGCAGGCUCAUCGGAAAUGGUUGCUUGGACGUUUAUUUAAAAGAAAAGAAAAAAAAAAAAAAAAUCCGUAAAUUAGUUAUGAGUACAAAAUGGGAUGCAGGAAAAUGUUUAUGAUGCUCGGCUGAAAUCUGUCUGGGAAGCAAACUCAUUUCCUAAUAAUGACCAUUUAGCAUACUCUUACAAUACAGUAUAUGAGUAAAACCUUUUCCCUUUGAUUUUAUCUUAAUUUUAUUUUAAUAAUGUGUUUUCAAGGGCACCGACUGCUUAUGAUAUUUACCAAGUUAAUGAAUGGAUGAUGAAGGGAACAAUAAAGGUCUAGAAAAAAUAUUGACUAGUUUUAUGUAUAAUAUUGGCUUUUAAAAGGA